AUGCUGCGGCUGCUGGACCUCGCCAUCCUCAUUGGAGAUGCAGACUUGGCCCAGCGUUGCGCCCAGCGAUGUGGUGCACGGAAGCCUUUGAGGCGAUGGAGGUCCGAGGAAUUUUUUGUCGUUGACCUUCAUAACGGUGUCCUGGCAGCUGCCCUGCUCUCAGGCAUAGCCCUGCAGAGCCUCAUCACAGAAAAUGACAUACCUUUGCGUGAAGCCAUCGCAUUGUUUGGCGACCUGCAGCUCUGGAACCGUUUGUCCCACCUGCUCCCUGAAGGCCGGAGCCAACGGUUUUUGAAAACACCAAACUCGGGGAGUAUGUUGUGCAAAUUCGACGCGAACAUGCGGCAGCCGCAGCUCUGCGUGGACAGACUCAGCCUUGUUUCUGCGGCUAACAUGGCCUUGGCAGAAUUUCGCUUUUCAUUUGUUGUCUGCUGCGGCAAACCUUUGCGUGCGCCGCAACCUCUUCGUUUGCUGGAUAUGGCUGCAUAUCAAGGGCAGUCAGCAUGUGCAGAGUUGCUUGCAUCAGCCGGCGCCAAUAGUGCCACAGGAUGGACCCGCGAAGCAUGUUUGUCAAAUGUCGGGCCUUGGCUUUGCGCUGAAUGCGAGGACUCUAUAAGGGUUGCAAUUGCACCGCCGAAGGAGCGCCGUGCUGCUGCGGGGGCAGCACUUCGCGUCGCCCUCACUCGUGCUGAGUGUCUCGUUGCUCCCGCGGGGCUGGGUGUCUACCAGCUCCUGGUCAUGUGGGGUCGGGGCAAGAAGGUGCCGGCGGCCUUGGUGAACUCGGUACUCUCUUUCGCUGCAGAGAGGCCUCAGCUUGCUUCCAUACUGGAGGGCCUUGAGGAGGAAGUCUUGCAGGCGGCGAGCGCUGCUCAGCGAGAGGGCGAAGGACCAGUGGACCACCUUACGGCGCCACUGCUGCAGCAAAGCCAGCAGCCACAGGGCGAGGUAGCGACGCCUGCUGAUGCGCCGGCAGGCGAGGCAGAUCCAGCAGACUCUGAUGAGGAGAUGGAGGGCCAGGAUGCAAAGACGGACGACUUGCUGGUGGCAAUUCGCAACAGCCGGGCCGAUCCGCCGCCCUUGAGCCCGGAUGGCGUCAUUUGCUUUAAGCUUACUCGGAAGGCCAAUGCUCCUCAUGUCAAUGAGCUGCUCUUCGAUGCUGAAGGGCCGUUGAAAGAGCUCCACGACCGUGUUCGGGAUGCCGAAUGCGAGGUGGCACCGGGCUGGUCGCCAUUCACAGCUCUCUUCGUGCCCCUCACACAGAUGCAGCUACUGGAGCUGACGGGAGAAGGCAACGCAGAGACUCUCGAGUUCGGCAAAGAGCACAUCCUGGCCCUGCAGUCGGACGGGCCACUGCUGGACCGCGCUAUCCGCAGCCUCUCUAACAAGUACCGCCCUCGUCUCUGGCCUGCGAUCCCCCGGGACGCACAUGGCGAGCCGGAUGAGGAGAGAGAUGAAGGCGAAGCCGCGAUCGAAGUAGAGACCAACCUCCGCACCAACUCGAGCCUGGGCUUUCCAAGCUACGAGCAGUGA